GGGGCGUACGUACUCGUAAUAAUUUCUCUUUUCCCAGUUACGCCCCGAACUGCUCAUCUCCGCCCAAACCCUCGCCUGUCCUCCUAUCCCUUCGAGCUUCGCUCAAAACUAUCGCCUUCGUGAACAAACCUUCGCGUAUAGUCGCCAUUAGCGCUAACUGGGAAGGCAACGACGGGAUCGCGGCCUACAGAGACCACCGAAACUCCCAUCUUCUUAUCCUUCCGCUCAGCUCCUACUAGAAACCAUUGAAGAAGCAUGCCGUGGCUUCUAACGCAAAAUGACAAGGACAAUUACCGCUAUACUCAUCUUAACCGGGAUUCAGCUUUUAAAGGAAUUGACGUUCAUGAGAUUUUCAUCACAAAGAGUAGAGUGCGGCUUCUUUUAUCAUACAUAGGCAUCCUAAUAUGUCUGGUGAACUGCUACAUUUUACUUGCUAAGCGGGCGAAUUGCUCGUAGAUUUGUUCCGAGUGGCAAUAUUCUAAGGCCUGUGUUAAAUGAAUGUGUGACUCCUUUUACCUGCUACUGGACCCUGGCUUUGAUUCUGCGCGGGGAAGAUCAACUCAUUCUUGUAUUUCAGGAAUUAAAACCACCACUUAAAUUGCUGAUUCCUAUAUGGAAGGCUCUGUGUUCAUCUUUUGAUGUCCAAGAUGGGAGCUGCUCUUCAUGAAAGCCGAUGUUGUCAGGUUUCAGCCCCCUAUGCUUUUGAUAGAUUAGUUACGCUGCAGAGCACAUGAAGCAAUCAGUUUGAUUUUCAUCGUGCAUUCAUUUUGUUCAUGUCUUAUUAAUGUUGAUUUUAACACUGUGCAGUGCAUACAAUAGUACCGUAUCAUUUCAUGCUUGGUAGGCCGUUUCAUUUUUUUACUUAAAAAAAAUAUUUACCUGUAAAUUUAUUGGACGCGAUGUGUCAAGGCUGUUGCCUUUUCAUGCCAACUUGUUUGCUGACAGAUAUUCAGUCCAAUUUAAGCUGAAUUUUUUAGGGAACUUAA